AUGUUGCUCCAGAGAACGACUGCCGCUGUGGCAGCACUAAUGGUGAGCCAAGUCGCUGCUCAGACAUACUCAAGUUGCAACCCGCUCGAGACAACAUGUGACGCUGAUACGGCACUUGGAAUGACCAUAACUGUUGAUUUCACUCAAGGAGAAGUCAAUUCGUUUUCAGCAUCGGGAGGCACUCCUACAUACAGCUCGACCGAUGGCGUCACAUUUACAGUGGCCGAGUCUGGAGAUGCACCACAGCUGAACUCGCUGUUUUAUAUCAUGUUUGGUCGUGUCGAAUUUGAGCUCAAGGCAGCACCGGGAGCAGGAAUUGUGUCAUCGGUCGUUUUGCAAUCCGACGACCUCGAUGAGAUUGACAUGGAAUGGUUGGGCGCCGAUACCUAUCAAGUGGCGACAAAUUACUUUGGCAAGGGACAAGUGACGACGUACAACCGCGGAGAGUGGAAUCCGGCCGAAGGAUGCCAGGACAAUUUCAUCAAAUACACCAUUGACUGGACCAGCGAGCGCAUCGUGUGGAUGGUUGCCGACACGGUUGUCCGGACUCUGACAUAUGACGACGCCGAGACCGAUCAGUAUCCCCAGACGCCCAUGCAGAUCAAGUUUGGCGCCUGGUCCGGAGGAGACUCGAGCAACAGCGCCGGCACCAUUGACUGGGCACGCGGUCCCACCGACUACUCAGAGGGACCUUUUAGCAUGUACGUCAAGAACAUGGUGGUGACCGACUACAGCACGGGCAGCUCCUACUCGUACAGCGACACCUCGGGUGACUGGACCUCGAUCACAUCCGAGGGCGGCACCAUCAAUGGAAACCUGGACGGCGCCGGCUCGCUGACCGUGACUGCGACUGCCGGAUCCACGGCCACGGCGAGCGUACCUGCUGGAGCACUGGGCACCAGCACCAACACUGUCAGCGCCGUGUUGCCCUCUGGUUGGGUCAUGACUUCUUCUGGAAAAGUCGUCCCGUCUGCUUCGUCAGAAAUGCGGCCACCGCACCUGGCGCUCCUCGUGGCGCCCGCCAUCUUGACGAUUCUGGCCGUCUUUGCUUGGAUCCCGGUUUGA